CGCCAGCCAAUCUAUGCCCGCCCGUGAUGGCGGCGCUCACCCCCAGCUGCAGCAGCCCGGCCGCCGCAUCUCCGCCCCUCCUCGCGCGUAUAUAUACCCGCGCUUCUCCUCCUUCUUCCCGCUCAUCGCUCCUCCCGUCGCCUCUCUGCCUCAAAUCCAAUCCCAUUCCUCGUAGGUGUUCGUUUAGGACUCUUGCGGCGCCCAACGGUUCGUCGUCGUCGUCCGGCAGGCGGAGCGCGACAGGGGAGGAGAUGACGAUCGAGUCGUCCGUCAGCCUCGCCGACGGGGAGCUGUCCGUCCGCGGGCGCGCGGUGCUGUCCGGCGUGCCGGACGCGGUGUCCGCGACGUCCGCGGCGGCCAGGGGCCCCGUCGACGGCGUCUUCCUCGGCGCCGACUUCGCCGCACCGGCCUCCCGCCACGUCGUCUCCCUCGGCGCCAUGAGGGGCGUGCGGUUCAUGGCGUGCUUCCGCUUCAAGAUGUGGUGGAUGGCGCAGAGGAUGGGGGUAAAGGGCGGCGACGUCCCGCACGAGACGCAGUUCCUCCUCGUCGAGUCCAGGGCCGCAUCCGACGAGGAGACGUCGUAUGUCGUGUUCCUCCCGCUCGUGGAGGGCGCGUUCCGGGCCAGCCUCCAGGGCGGCGGCGCGGGCGGCGACGAGCUCCAGCUCUGCGUCGAGAGCGGCGACGCCGACACGCUGGCGAGUUCCUUCGAGCGCGUGCUCUUCGUUGGCGCCGCGGAGUCCGACCCGUUCGCGGCCAUCGCCGGCGCCGUCGCGGCGGUCCGGUCGUCCCUCGGGACCUUCCGCCCGCGCGCCGAGAAGAAGCUCCCUGGCAUCGUUGACUACUUCGGGUGGUGCACCUGGGACGCCUUCUACCAGGACGUCACCCAGGAGGGCGUCGAGGCCGGGCUCCAGAGCCUCGUGGCCGGCGGCGCGCCGCCCAAGUUCGUCAUCAUCGACGACGGCUGGCAGUCGGUCGGCACAGACAAACCGAACGCCAACGAAGAUCCCGCUGGCGAAGCCAACAAGCCGCAAGGCCUGCCCCGGCUCACUGGCAUCAAGGAGAACAGCAAGUUCCAGAGCGGCGAGAACCCGGCCACGGUCAACGGCAUCGAGACGCUGGUGCGCGCGGCCAAGGACAAGUACGGCCUCAAGUACGUGUACGUCUGGCACGCCAUCACCGGCUACUGGGGCGGCGUCCGGCCGGGCGUCGCCGGGAUGGAGGCCUACCGCUCCGCCAUGCAGUUCCCCAAGAUCUCGCCGGGCGUGGCGGAGAACGAGCCCAACAUGAAGACCGACGUGCUCACGCUGCAGGGUCUCGGCCUCGUGCACCCGCAGGCCGUGCACCGCUUCUACGACGAGCUCCACGCGUACCUCGCCGCCGCCGGCGUUGACGGAGUAAAGGUGGACGUGCAGUGCGUCCUCGAGACGCUCGGCGCCGGCCACGGCGGCCGCGUGCAGCUCGCCAGGGAGUACCACCGCGCGCUCGACGCCUCCGUCGCCAAGAACUUCCAGGACAACGGCAUCAUCGCCUGCAUGAGCCACAACACCGACUCCCUCUACUGCUCGAAGCAGACGGCGGUGGUGAGAGCGUCGGACGAUUUCUUCCCAAGGGAGGCAGUGUCGCACACGAUCCACAUCGCGGCGGUGGCGUACAACAGCGUGUUCCUCGGCGAGUUCAUGCUCCCGGACUGGGACAUGUUCCACUCCCUGCACCCCGCCGGCGACUACCACGGCUCGGCGCGAGCCAUCAGCGGCGGUCCCGUCUACGUCAGCGACGCACCGGGGAAGCACGACUUUGAGCUUCUGAGGAAAAUGGUGCUGCCGGACGGCACCGUGCUCCGCGCGCGGCUGCCGGGACGGCCGACCAAGGACUGCCUGUUCGCCGACCCGGCGCGCGACGGCGUGAGCCUGCUCAAGAUCUGGAACAUGAACAGGUUCACCGGCGUGCUCGGCGUUUACAACUGCCAGGGCGCGGCAUGGAGCUCCGCGGAGAAGACGAACGUGUUCCACGACGCAGGCGGCGCCGGGGCCCUGACCUGCGGCGUAAAAGGCCGCGACGUCCACCUCAUCGCCGAGGCGGCGACGGACGGCGCCGGGUGGUGCGGCGACUGCGCCGUGUACCGCCAUGCUGCCGGCGACCUCGUGGUCCUCCCCGACGGCGCGGCAUUGCCCGUCUCCCUCAAGGUCCUGGAGCACGACAUCCUCACUGUGUCGCCUAUCAAGGACUUGGCGGCCGGGUGCAGGUUCGCGCCCAUUGGGCUCAUCGACAUGUUCAAUGGCGGAGCGGCGGUGGAAGGGAUGACCUACAGCGUCCUCGUCGACGGCGACGGCAUGACGACAGCGGCAGUCGGGCAGGUGUGCAUGGAAGUGCGAGGACGCGGGAGGUUCGGGUCCUACUCGUCGGUCCGGCCGAGAAAAUGCACGCUGGGCUCAGCUCCCGUGGAGUUCUCCUACGACGCCUCCUCCGGCAUGGUGAUCCUCGAGCUGGAGUCCAUGCCCAAGGAGAGAGUUCACAAGAUUGUUGUUGAGCUUUAGGAUAGUUGCAGAAAUACAUCACAAAAUCACAUACAGCAGUAUUUCUCUUCUUCUACAAAAUGGUCUAUUGAUGCACACACAUCAGAAAUCAGAACCUAUGUUUUAUAAUGGUGUCCACUUUGAUCAGGCUUGUACCAUGAUGGUGGACGUUGUAGCGAUUGGAGAUGAGUAGGACUUGGUGUCAUCUGAUUCAUGAUUCAGUUAAAGGAACCAAGGACAUAGUAGUACUAUAAACAAAGACAAUUUGAGUUA